AUGGCAGCCGAAACUUUUGAUACCUCUUGGAUGUGGCAUCCAUCCUUUCGCGAAGAUGCCUCUUCCACUGCAGGUCGUUUCGUUCAUUUCCGAAAGAAGCUCAUUGUUAAUGGAGAACCACCCAAGGCCUUGCGAAUCAAGAUCACCGUAGACACGCGAUACAAGCUCUAUAUCAAUUGCCAACGGGUCUCCUUUGGGCCUGCUAAGGGCGACGUGAACAUUUGGUUUUAUGAUGAGAUCGACAUUGGCCCCUACAUACACUCCGGCGACAACCACAUCGCAAUCCACGUCCUGAGGCUCUUUUCUGGGACCUCGUAUGGCACCAGUUUCCCCCGAUUGGGAUCUGGAGGCGUCAAAGUUGCGACAAUUGCGCACGACGCCAUUUGGUCCCCUCAGAUACAGAGCAGUACUCUUUGGGAGACAGCGGUUGACCUCUUCACCAAGCUUCGCAUCGACGAGCCCGAGGACGAUUUUCUUCACGUUUACGACAAGGCAUCAAUACUUGGCUCUGAAGAUGUUACUUCUCUGGACUGGAUACCCGCAAUUAUUCUUCGAUAUCAGAGCUCAACCGGGGUCUCCGCGCCAUGGAAGCUAUCCCCUCGUUUGAUUCCACACAUGGAGAAUCAGAAAGUGCAGUUCACGAUAAUUCACAACGUGCUGUCUUGCAAGGCACGGCCAUCAAUAACGCCAUGUUCAUCAUUUCGCGCGUCAUUAUUGGGGCUGGCAGUGUUGUCGUCGCUGGAGGUGGGUGCCCCUUAUAUCACCGAGAUCGCACAUCCGGCUCAGCGCAGUACUGCCACGGCUCUAUUUCUGACUUUCUACUCGGUUGGUUCUGUCGUUGCCGGUUGGUGCACCUUCGGAACGUUUCGCAUCGAUAGUACGGCUUCAUGGCGCAUCCCGUCGGCGCUGCAAGGACUUCCAUCUAUCAUCCAACUACUUGCUAUCUGGUCGCUCCCUGAAUCGCCCCGCUGGCUGGUUAGUCAAGGCCGUAACGAAGAGGCACUCGCUAUGCUUGCUAAGUAUCACGGCGAAGGCGAUGUCUCCAACCAGGGCGUUCAAUUAGAGUACGCCGAGAUUCUUACGACGUUGCGGGCCGAAGCAACACAUGAGAACAACAUAUUUAUGUUUUUACGCGACUUGGGUAGUACCCCUGGCAACCGCAAACGUAUGUUCAUAUUGAUAUGGGCGGCAAUUUGUUCGCAAAUGUCUGGAAAUGCCUUUGUCUCCUACUACCUCUCGCCCAUCUUAAAAUCCGUGGGCUUAAAAUCUGACCUUCAGCAAACCCUUAUCAACGCAACCAGUCAGAUGCUUUCUAGGUUCAGUGCCGUUCAUUUCGCCACAUUGCCAGCCAAGGUCGGUCGCCGCAAACUCUUCUUGUGCUCUCUUGUCGCAAUUUGGGUCAUCGUUAUCUGUAUCACUGCAUGUAGCGCGACCUUUACCAAAGAUCCUACCAACAAGGCCGCUGCCUAUGCUGUGGUCGUCCUUCUAUACCUCUUCUCUCCCGCCUACAAUCUCGGUAUCACCGGCAACCUUGGCCUUUAUAUCACUGAAAUCCUACCUUAUAGUCUACGCGCAAAAGGAUUGUCAUUCUAUUAUUUUGUUCAGUUCGGUUUCAUGAUGCUCUCUACCUUUACUGUGCCUAUUGGUCUGGAAGAUAUCGCCUGA